AUGAAUAGCACCGCGUUCAACCAAACAGACAGCGGACUACUGAACAAGACAGAGGAGUUUUUCUGCUGCAACUUGUCAUCCGUGGUGACGGACAAUGGCUUUGUGGCCGCCGCUCCGGAUGAGAGGAGCCUCUUCAUCAUGAGGGUGGUCCAGAUCGCCGUCAUGUGCGUAUUGUCCCUCACGGUGGUGUUUGGCAUAUUUUUCCUGGGAUGCAACCUUCUCAUAAAGUCGGAGGGGAUGAUCAACUUUUUGGUUACGGACAGAAGACCUUCCAAAGAAACGGAGGCAGUUAUUGUUGGAGCCUACUGA